UCUGUUCGGGGAGAUGAAAGUUUUAUCAAAACCCCAAAACUGCCAGAGGGAAAUCUCCUCUGUUGUCUGCAAUUAAGUUAUUUUUUGUAGGUACAUCUUCAGCUGGCAUUUUUGGUCUUGUCUCUAUUUGUUUAAAAGUGUGUUAGCAGUAAAUCAAGGUGCAUUUCCCCUGUAGGGUUUCCUGUAUGUCAAAGCCAUGUUAAUUCUCUUUGAUUUUCUUCCCUUUGCCCCAGCCAUUGCUACAAAUCCUUCCUCUCUUUGUCCCUUUGGACAUCAAAGGACUGCAAGGGGACAGCCCUGGGGAGAAGCUCCUCCCUGCUCAUUAGCCUUCAUAAAACAGGAACUCACCUUGGCUGGCUUAGCUUGGAGUCCCAUCCUAGCCCCAGUCACUCUUGACACUGGAUCACAGAAGGGCGCUCUCUUUCUUUGGGAAAUCAAGCCACCUGAUUUUCAACUGGACUGUUUUGGUUUUCGUGAGAUAAGAGUUCUGGUGGAUCUCUCACCUACAGUGACUUCCACAACCUCUCUGGCUUCACAGUACAUGGAAAAAUGCAAUCUUUACCUGAUGUGAAAGCUCAGUGUGAUGCACUUCCUUCCUCCAGCCUGGAGCCUUACCCUCAGAGCUCCAUUGUGGUUACCCUAGAAGACAUGGACCUCUGGAUGCAGUUUCAUCAAGUAGGAACUGAGAUGAUCAUCACCAAGUCUGGCAGACGAAUGUUUCCACAGUGCAAAAUCAAAGUCUCUGGCUUGAUCCCGUAUGCUAAGUACCUCAUGCUGGUGGAUUUUGUGCCGAUGGACAACUUCAGAUACAAGUGGAAUAAGGAUCAGUGGGAAGUUGCUGGAAAAGCAGAGCCACAGCUCCCCUGUCGUACAUACAUACAUCCAGAUUCUCCAGCUCCCGGCAGCCACUGGAUGAAAGAACCUGUCUCCUUCCAAAAGCUGAAGCUCACCAACAAUACCCUGGAUCAACACGGACAUAUCAUCCUUCACUCCAUGCACCGCUACAAGCCUCGCUUCCACAUCGUUCAGGCAGAUGACCUGUUCAGUGCCCGCUGGAGCAUCUUCCAGAUGUUCAGCUUCCCUGAGACUGUCUUCACCUCUGUCACUGCCUACCAGAAUGAACAGAUCACAAAACUCAAGAUUGACAACAACCCAUUUGCUAAGGGAUUCCGGGAACAUGGGAAGAACACUCGAAGGGAAGGGCGAGCCAAAGGCCAGAAAUUUAGUCCAGCCAAAGGCCAGAAGAGGAAGCUGCCAGAAGAAACAGAAUCUGGUGCUGAGGAAUCUGAUUUUGUGAAGGAUGAGAAUGUGGAGGUGAAGGAAGAGAGUAAUUCCAUUCCUGUCAGCAGCGGGUACCCCUUCUGGGUCUCCGAGCAGAAUGGCAGCCACUCAAUCCCUGUAGCGUCACCCGCACCAGCAGACCAAAGAGAGGCAACUGCCAGAGAGCAGCAAGUGCCAACACCUUCCUCCUACCAGACAUACAGGUUCCAUGACAAUGGGGAUACACAGCAGGCGCCCGCUCGUGACAUCCUCGCUUUAAAUGAGUUCCGAGCCAGAUCCCUCCGAGUGGAUAUAGCCACGGUGCCCGAGCAAGAUUCCAAACAGCUGUCAGAAGGUUUCACCAACCUGCCUACACUCCACCCUCCACUACCUCCUCCACAGGACUAUACUGGGGUGGUCAACAUGGCUGUAGACUCUGCUGGGAAACCAGGGGCCCGAGGUCCAAUGUACAAUCCAUAUGGCACCGAGCAAGGCCUAGGCCAAUGGAUGGUACCUUCCCACAGCCAGUACAGGGCAAUGAGCUAUUCUCCCUUCUCCACAGAUUAUAAUACUCAAGGGGCUUCAGGGCAUGCCCAUGGGAGCAUGGCAGACUGGAGCCAGUACCCUUUGUUCCCCUAUGCUUGCUGGUGAAGGGGAGGAUUCUUCCCAAUGAAAGAACUCAAAGAACAUUGUAAGGAAGACCACUUUAAAAUUUGCUCUGGGAUUGUCAACUUGUGGCCCUGCCUACAGUAGGCAAAGAGGUGUUGCAACAAAUUGUAGGCUGGGACACGUUUAAUCACGCAACAUCCGUACAACAACUUGUGCCCCCACUCAACAGCCGUCCUUCAAAUACUGGUUGUACGGGUUGGUUGCAACUCCUCCAUUAGUUGAGAUCUGUCUGAAUCAAUGUAUUCUACAAUGCUGUCUCCAAAGUGUGGAUGGGAAGUCACUAGCAUUGCAGCUGCACUGGUUCAGCCAGCUUCUUAACUCUAUCCUAAAAUGCAUUUGUAUCUUGUGUUUGGAAAUUACCCCAAAGCCCCUGCUCCCAGAAGAAUGCUAGCCAGGGGUCAUAUGCCUAAGGUGUCACAGAAUGUACCACAGGUGGACACACCAAAACAGUUCAGCCAUAAGCAUAGUGGCUGUGUGGAUGCAGGCAUCGUUGUAAGGACAUGCCAGACAACGAACCUGUCAAUGUCCCUACAGUGUCUUCUUCAGUUAGUGUUGUAGACAACCCCAAUAACUGACCGUAGAAAGUACUGCCACAGUCAUGGCCCUUUCCCUAGAGCUGUGUAAUGGAGAAGGUGCAGCAAUGCGUGUGCUCCUGAAGCAGAGUUGGAAGGGUCACACAGGCAGAUCCGAGUUCAUUGCACACAAAAGAACAACUGCAAGUGUCUGUGUUUGUCUCCAUGUGUCGUCAUACCAGCUCCCUUAGCCUUACUCAAUUCACACCUGUUCACCCAGUGGGUCUCAAACUUUUUUACUGGUGACCCCUUUCACAUCGCAAGCCUCUGAGUGCGACCCCCCCAGUAAAUUAAACACCCUUUUUAAUAUAUUUAACACCAUUAUAAAUGCUGGAGGCAUGUGGGGCUUGAGGUGGAGGUUGAUAGCUCGUGACCCCCCAUGUAAUGAUCUCGCGACCCCCUGAGGGGUCCCAACCCCCAGUUUGAGAACCCCUGUGUUAACCCAGUGUUUUCUCAUUGUCCUUUUUGUUGCUAUUUUCAGCUGAGCUGGUGGCGUUUGGGAGAUGCCCUGGGAGUUCUUGGAAAGGUCUGAUAUUGACCGAAAUAGGACCAUGUAUAGCAGAGCUCACUCUGUUAUGCUGACCUUUGUCUUUGUGAGGGAAGGUGUUUUUUAAUGUAAAUCUCAAACAUCCCCCACCUUUGCUUCUCCCACAGCCCCAGACAGGGCCGGUUCCAGUGUUUUUGUUGCCCCAAGCAGCGGGGGGAAAAAAAAGACCACGAUAGGUGGCACUUCAGCGGCAGCUCUACUGCUGCCACUUCAUUCUUUGGCGGCAAUUCAGUGGAAGAUCCUUCCCUCCGAGAGGGACCAAGGGACCCACUGCCGAAUUGCCGUCGAAGACCCGAACAUGCUGCCCCUUUGUGUUGGCUGCCCCAAUUACCUGCUUGCUGCGCUGGUGCCUGGAGCCGGCGCUGGCUCCAGAGAAGUGGCCUGUUCUCUUGUAGUUACUGUCCUAUUCCCUGUAAUCUGUGAAACGGUCCUGACGAGGCACAAGCUUUAACCAAGCUGGCUCUUCUCAAUGGACAUUUGCUUUUAGAAAAAAAUGUUCCAAAUGUAAGUUGCCUGAUGCGUUUAUUGUUCUGAACAGUCAGUGCCCUGCUGUGGUUUCUCGGCUGUCCAACUGCAUCAUUGUGCUGCUGCUGUUUUGGAACCCGCUCUAGGAAUGUACUCAGUGCAACUGGGCAGGAGAGCAGCUGCCCUCCAUUACCUCUGGGUCCCUUCUUCUGGAAGAGCCAUUCUGUUACAUUUGCAGCUGUAAAUAGCUCAUCACUUUGAAUGAAGGCCCUUGCAUUUUACUCUUUUUAUUUUCUUCUUUUGUUGAGUGGAGCAGCAUCCUGGUGUGCCCCAGUGCAGAACCACAGCUGUAUAGGAGUCCCGUUUGGAAGGGGCUUUCUGUUUCUCCUGUGGUAAUAAACAUGAUCCUAGACUGACUGACUUUAUUUAAGAGAAUGUUUUCUUGUAACACUUUAAAUAAACUACAGUUUGGUAUGUAUUGGUCA